AUGGAGCUCUCCUCGUCAGGUUUUUUAACCCUCAGUUUGGAGUCCUCCUCGUCGGGGUUUUUAACCCUCAGUUUGGAGCUCUCCUUGUCGGGGUUUUUAGCCCUCAGUUUGGAGCUCUCCUCGUCGGGGUUUUUAACCCUCAGUUUGGAGUCUUCAAGGCAAUGUGCCCUCUCCUCAUCGGGGCUUUUAACCCUCAGUUUGGAGCUCUCCUCGUCGGGGUUUUUAACCCUCAGUUUGGAGUCUUCAAGGCAAUGUGCCCCCCUCCUCGUCGGGGUUUUUAGCCCUCAGUUUGGAGCUCUCCUCGUUGGGGUUUUUAACCCUCAGUCUGGAGUCUUCAAGGCAAUGUACCCUCUCCUCAUCGGGGCUUUUAACCUUCAGUUUGGAGCUCUCCUCGUCGGGGUUUUUAACCCUCAGUUUGGAGUCUUCGAUGCUCUUAUUGAAGUCUUAUUUGUGUGCUUCGUUGAGACUUAUUUGUAA